GAUCGAAACGCUCCAUCGUUUUUUAAACCGGAUGAAACGAAACAAUGGUUAAUUUCCCAAUGCCAAUCUCAAGGGUUUAAGUUGGGAGAACUAAACUAUAUUUUUUGUUCGGACGAUUACUUAUUAGCGAUCAAUCAAACCCAUCUAAACCAUGAUUAUUAUACCGAUGUGAUUGGAUUUGACAACAGCAUUGGAAAAUUGCUAUCGGGCGAUAUUUUUAUAAGCAUCGACCGCAUAAAAGACAACGCCAACGAAUUAAACAUUCCAUAUGAAGAAGAAUUUUACAGGAUUAUGGCCCAUGGAUUGCUUCAUUUUUUGGGAUACCAAGACAAGAACGACGAUCAAAAAACCCAAAUGACCAUCGAAGAAAAUCGAUGGCUGCAACAAAUUGUUUCACGCUGUGAAGCGGCUUAUGCCGCCGCCAAAAUGGGUUCUUCUACCCUACUCAUUACAAUGAACCUGCAAAAUAUUGCGCAAAUGUCUUGCAACCCCGCCAUGGGUGGCAUUGCCAAAGGACAA